AUGGAUUCGAAUAUCACUGUUUUAGGAGUAUUCGUAGCUGUUGUCUUUCUUGCGUAUAAUGAGGCACCUUUUGUGAAAAUGACAAAUGCUGUCUGUGAGUCAUACAACAAAUCGUGGGUCGCUGUUCAUUAUUGUCGACUGAAGGCCCAUUCUCGAAACAAGACCAGCUUGAAUAUUAAUGUUACACUUUCUGAGCCAGCCUUCAAAAUAUUCGUUCAUAUAAAGUUGAUGAAGAAAGCAAAUGGCUAUAAGCCGUUUCUAGUUGAUUAUAACGUCGAUGCCUGUGAAUUUAUGAGAAGGCGAAACCAACCCGUUGCCAAAAUAAUAUGGAACCUGAUCAAGGAUGUAUCCACAAUCAACCACACCUGUCCUUAUAUGGGUUUACAAAUGCUAAGUGAUUUCCACUCAAUCGAAGUUCCCGUUCCACUUCCGUCGGGAGAAUACUUACUUUUACUAGACUGGAUAUUUGAUAAGAAGCCGCAGUUCGCUACAAAUGUUUAUUUCACAUUUGUGGAAGAUUUUCUGAAUAGCCAUUCAAAGCACGGCAAGAAAAACUAA